AUGACCGAGGAAAGAGGAAACACUGUGCGGCCAACAGCCCGCAUGUUUAUAGAGCUCUGCCAGUUGACCAAUGGCGUGCCGCGGAGUCAGGUAACGCAGCAGGAACCUGCAGAUGGGCAGAGCCGCUACUGGCGUGAACGCUACCGUUGGGUGGAGAUGGAGGAGGCCUUCGACGAUUCCGUCGGCGAAUUCGCACCUCCGGAGGUGCCUAAAUUCACCUAUGCGGAAGUAAAUAACUUCAAACGUCGAGUCAAGAAAGGUGAGGCUGGUAGUUUUUCCAUUGACAUGAUAGCUGUUGCUUUCCGUCUACGAUUUGGGGUCAGAAGCGGACAGGGUAGGACAGGGGGGGAUGUGAAGCGUGCGACAGCUCGCGCGACCUUGCUUUUCGUGCCUUGCCGCGAUGCCCUGCUGUCCGCUCACGCUCCCUGCCGAGUCGCUGCUGGGACGCGCGAGGUUAGUGACAAGCGGAUAACUAGGAGGGGCGGACUACCGCAGUACCCCCGGGCUAGACCGAAAGCGGUGUGUAGCAACGCCGAGGGAAUUGCUCAUGUCUAAAAAACAUGAGUAACCAAACGGUCAGGAAAAUGAACAUGGGAUCCACUACGGAUGAUAUAUACAGGGGGCAAAGUGGGAGGGUGUGUAAGCAUGGCUCGCGAUUACAGUGUUGGAGGUUGAUGAGGGGGUAAUUACAGUUAAUGGCAGCGGACACGUAAGAAGAGGGAUAAGAAGAUAGGGGAUCGGGAAGACGUAGCAGGAGGUAUAGGACCACAGGGCUCAUCUGUAGGAGUGUCCGGGACGGCGGCUUUGAGGCGGUCCAUGCUCACGACCUCGCAAGUUACACGUUUUAUGCGGAAGGUCUUUAUCAUGUGGGAGAUAAUCAGGUAGGGGCUGUUGUAGGAUGAUUCGGGGGCCGGCGGACUUGAUCACAUCGGAGGUAGGCGUGAGAGCAUGUCACCAGGUCUUUUUUGAGGUAAGAUUCGGAGACCGAUGGCCUGAGCGGAACCGGAGAAAGUGUUCGGAUAAAUUGUCGGAGAAGAUAUAAUUCGCAGGGUUGGCGGGAUCAUCUGACCGGGUAGUCGGGCGGUGACACCGAACACGAGUUCAGCAGCGGAACAGUGAAGGUCCGACUUGAGGGGGGAGCGAAUGCCCAACGGGACCAGUGGGGGUGGUCCGACCAGUUCUCAGGACCGUCUGCGGCGCGUAGAGAGGCCUUCAACUGGCGGUGAGACCGCUCGACCAUCCCGCUUGCUACCGGAUGAUAGGAUGUAGUGCUGAUGCGAGUGCAGCCUAAAAGGGGAGAAGAGAUUAGGAGAGGUUAGAUUCACACUGGGCAUAGCGUUCAGUCGUGAACAUAGAGGGAGCACCGAAAAUGGCAACCCAACGAUUGAGGAAAGCCUUGACGACUGUUGGAGCGGCGACAUCAGGCAGAGGGAUGGUUUCCGGCCACCGAUGAAUCGAUCCACACUGGUAAGGAGAUAGGAACGGCCUUUGGACGGGGGGCCCACGAUAUCCAGGUGGACAUGACUGAACCGUGCAUCCAGAGGGGGGAAAGUGCCGAUGAGAGCUUUGUUUUGCCGUUGGACCUUAUUCCGUUGACAGGCGAGACACGCCCGAGUCCAUGCUUUCAGGUCCUUGUGCAUCACAGGUCAGACGAGGUGGUCGGUAAUCAUCUCGUCGGUAGCUCGAUUCCCAGGGUGAGACAGAAUGUAUAGGGAGAGGAAGAAUUGGCGACGGAGGGAUGGUGGCAGAAAGGGGUGUUGGGAGGUGUUGGAGACGUCGCAUAGAAUAGUGUCGUUGUUAGUAGGCAUUGGCAGGUCCUGGAGUUGGAGUCUGGAAACAUCCUCGUCACAGGGAGAGUCGAACGGCGUUGUUCGGUAGCCAUCUCAGCUAGGUCGAUCCCGGGUGACAUUUGAAGAUGUGCGAUGAAGGUCCUGGACAGUGUGUCAGCCACCUCAUUGGUGACCCAUCGAUGUAGCAGAUGCCUGAGGUAAACUGCAAGAUGUAGUCCAGUUGGCGAAUUUCCCGGGGGCUGGACUUGUCAGAAGUGGACUUGAGAGUGAAGGAAAGGGGUUUAUGAUCCGUGAACACAGUGAAGUCCCUGCCUUCAAGGAAAUGCCGAAAGCGUUUCACGGCUAGGAAGACAGCAAGUAGUUCCCGUCCAGAUGUGCUAUAGCGCGCCUCGGUAGGUGAUAACUUCCUGGGGAAAAAAUCUAAGCGUUGGAUGUGAGCUGCAAGGUGCUGUUGCAGAACCGCGCUGGCGGCAACACUGGAGGCGUCAACCUGGAGGGAGAUGGGAGCAUCGGGAGAAAAUUGCGUCUGGAGGAUGGCAUCCGCCAGUGCAGCCUUCACCUUGUCAAAAGCAGCCAGGACAUCUGUGGACGACUCGAACGAACCCUUGGGGCUCGAUAGGAUGCUCGUGAGCUGCAGGAUGGUGUUGACUCAGUGUGGGAGGGACCGGCAGUAGAAAUUCACCAUGCCCAGAAAUCGCUCUAGCUGAAGUUUGGAAGAUGAAGAAGGGAAAUCACGGAUGGCCGCAACCCUUAAUGCAAGGGGAUGCAUGACGUGGGAGUCGGUCAUGUGACCGAGAAAUUCUAGGGAGGGCACACUGAAAAUGCACUUGGGCGGGUUGGGAACAACGCCAAAUAGUGAAAGGCGGUCGAAAUCCCGUUCCAAUAGGCUCCAUGUGCUCUUCGGCGGUGAAGGUAAUCAUUAACAAGUUGGGGCACACAAAUGGUAUGUCGCGAAGUACUCUGUCUGUGAACCUCUGGAAGGGCUGGGAAGCACUUCGGAGUCCGCACGCAUGUGCAGGAACUCAAAGAGGCUAAAGAGAGUUGUGUCGGCCGUCUUCAAGACGUCCUCUGGGGUGAUGAAAAUUUGGUGUAGGGCACAGACUAGGUCAAUCUUCGAAAGCACGGAGUUGCCCAAAAGGGCACCGGUAAAAACUUGAACAUGUGAGCCAGGGCAGCGAUGCAUGACAGUAACGUUGCUUAGGGCCCUGCAAUCACCGCAUGGUCGCCAGUCACCAGUGGCGGCCUCUGGGACCAUGUGAAGGGACGAAACCCAUGGGCUUUCAGCUGACAGAUGAUGCCCAUCUGAAGCAUGUGCUCGAACUCAGCCUCUGCAGCAGCAAGACGUGAAGGCGAGAGACGGCGGGGCCGAGAAAACACGGGAGGGCCAGUAGUCCGGAUGUGGUGAAUAACGUCGUUCAGUGGGGUCGUUCGGUGCUGAAGUUGGGACGAGUGAGGCCAGCAUAUUUGGAGAGGAGUCGCCGAAAUGAAUUCUCGGGUUCAUGGUCCAGGGUUGCGAGUUGACGAGAAGCCUCAGAAGAAGAGAUACCCCGGAUAGUGAGGUUGGUGGUCUUGUCGUAUAAACGGGACUGACGGUAGUCAACCGGGGGAUUGAAAGCGGCGUGGAAGUCUUUGCCAAGAAUGACACAGAGUUAAUCAGUAACGAUGAAGAUCCAUGGGGAAAAGACGCCGGGGGCCGAUGUCCAGAUAGAGGGAGCAGGUGCCGAAUAUACAAUAGUAGAGGGGCGCUCACCGAUCGUUUUACAGAACUGGAGGGUUGGAUUUAGUGUUAGGACACGGAAAUAUGUAUUCCAGGGGAAUUUAGCAUAAGGCCACCCGCAGUUUGGGGAUCCAUAUCCACGCUUUCGGCCCCCAAAAAGGUAAGGAUAGUUUGUGUAAGUCCAGUGAGUUUAUCACGUAUGGGCAGCUACAAUAUUUGCUCUAGAAGGUCCUGUUUUGUCUAUUAAUCCAUAGUUGCUGGAAGUUUUCCUUUCUACUUUGAUAUAAUGUCAUGCCCCGGAAUGUUUCAGGGGGACGUUUAAUGCUAAGUUAUUUAGCAUUAUGUUCUUGCCCCCCCCCUCCCCCGUAAUUCCUUUGUGCAACUUUAAUUUCAUAGUUAGCCCAAUGUACUUUCAUUGCUUUUCAUUAUCAGUUCCGUACACCGUGACUUCCUUAUUUCUUUCAUUGGACAUCUGGACAUUCCCUUCAACGAGAAUAUCUAAUGUACGAAUUGUCCUUGGUUAUCAGCAUAAAAGAAGAACGUGAAUAGGACGGUAGUUGGUAUGACAUCUGUGCAAGUCUUCCUCGAACGUACUUCAUGAAGCUAAGUACUCAGCUCUGUCUUCCAAUAUCACAUAUAAAACAGGGAUAGGUUUUUUAUGCAAGAAGUAUCGGCAGAUAAGUCAUACUUUUAUCAAGUCCACGAGAAUGCUAGUCACUGAAAAGUUGUCUUGUAUGACUCCCUCCCAUCGAGUCGCCUGGUUAUUAGGCUUACUCGUCUGGAACUUUUUAAACAUUAGAACUGUAAAAAUUCCCAUAGCAAUAAUUAGAAGACAAAGCCGCGUGCAAACGUUGCCUUCGAUAACUUCUCUUCAGUCCGGUACAAUUAUAUGGGAACGGGGUACAGUCGGUUUUCCUAACCUGCUGUUGUUAACAGGCGUUGGCCCAGUAGCUUUGGGCACAUCGAGGGGACCUUAUAAAUCACACGAAAUGCUUCUGUGGGAUCUACAUGAUGGCCUGAAUCCACUGCGUGCAAAAGGAUGGCGCUGUCUGCUCUCCUAGUUUUGCCUUUUGCUAGCAAUGCGGAGAGGUGCCCUCGUAGUUUUUUGGAAAGGCGCCGACUCGUACGACCGAUAUGGCCUGCUUGACAGGAUCAUGUGAAUGACUACGUGCACAUUGGGGUGGUCUGAGGUGGCAGCCUAUCCGUGCCUUCUCCGCGUAAAUUAGGGUUAGUAGAGAGAGAUAUGCGAAUCAUUGCUGCUGGGAGGGUUCUCGAGACAGCUUGAUCAAAGCGUAUUCUUAGAAGCUCACUCGCAGUAUCUCCAUGGACAAGAACUUUGAGGAACAUAGGUUUCUUUUCGGCGGUCCUUGUGGUGGGUCUUGUGGGUCGUUCUGCAAUGUUCCUUGAAAUGAACCUGUCAGGAUACCUGUUUUCGCAAAGCAAGUCCUAGAAUUUUCUAUGUUCCUCGUCGAUACUAUAUGUUGAACUAUUUUUUCAGGCCCUUCGUGCCAAACACCUGACUAGAUGUCGUUUUUGUUGGACGGGUACGAAACUAGUAAAGUUUGUUUAUUGUCCAGACAGGUUUUCUUCCGAUAGACGCUCCUUCGGAUACUACCGUGAAAUCGCCUGUUUAGAAGGACAUCUAAGAAAGGAAGCAAAUCGGCCGAUUCCAUCUCCAACGUGAAUUUGAUAGACAGAUGUACUCAAUUUACAACAUUCAAGAGCCCAGCAACGUCGGUUUCUGUGGUGACUAGCAAAGAUAUCCUGAACGUAGCGACCUUAAUGUUUAAGCUUUUAGAUUUGAUAGCUUAGCUGAAAUUUCUCCAACUUGGCCAUGAUGAGGUCGGCUAAUAGAAGCACCGACAGGCGGGCUCAUAGCAACGCCGUAUAUUUAUCUAUAGAGUUGGUUAGUAAAAAGGAACUGCAGAUUUAAUGUGCACCUAAGUGAUAGUUCCUUGAGUGUGUUCGUCGGCAUUCCUUUUUCUUGCUGAUUGGCGGAUAGAAAACCACAGAUCUUAUCAACUGUCUGGAUGACCACUGAAAUGUUUAUUUUACAUUUUCAAAGUGUUAAUCUUAAAAUAUGCCUGUCAGAAGGAAUAAGAUGUUAUUCACUUCGAUGAUAGUAAAGUAUUGAAUAAGUCUGAGACCGGCUGGGAACUAGAAUUAAUACAUGUAUGCGUUUCCUUCGUUAUUGCUGGAAAGGUAACUUAACAACAGGUACGUGAACAUGUUAAACCCGACGUAGUACUCGUCCGAUGCUCACCCUUCUUUCUCGGACAGGCUGAACAUUCCAUAAAGGAUGUUGGAACAAGCAUGAGUCCAGCGGAAUCUAGUCAUAUAUAAAUCUCAUCGUAGAAUAGCAAGAGCAAGGAAGAAGACUAGUCGGGCAUCCGAGCCCUUUGUUGAUUAUUGUAAACUCUUGAACUCGUGCAGGAGUCCGUCAUCAACGGUAAUGGCAGUAACAAAGACAGUGGCAAGUACAGGGACGUAUUAGCCGUUCUACGGUCAGUGACACAUGUCUGAAUGUGACCACGUAGAGUUAUUGAUGUUGACACCAGAUCGAUACGUCGAUUAAUCGUGUUCUCAUUCUGGGUCCAUACUUUAAUUACUUACUGACCUCUCUGGCUUCCGGCCUGGAAGAUUAUUCUGGCGGUUGAGAAGAUGAAAUCCUGAUUUGUUUGCAAGGUGUGAGUAGUCACUUUUGAUAAUUCGUCACCCCGCUGCACGGCUACCUUAUGCUCCUCUAUAUGAGAUCCGAGUAUGCGGUCAGUUUGUCCUAUGUAGUUCCAAGGACAACCCAGGCACGGAAUGUAAUAAACUGCCCCAGAGUGCUCUUUGGCAAUUAAUCGAUCUUGGAGUUUCAUGGCCUUUUUUCGUAUGGCAGCUGUUGGUCGGUAUGCAAUUUCGACACUUACUCCCGCAGGAAUGUGCUCAGUCGCUUCUCAAGAGUCCUCGGUGGUAUUUAUGCUAGGGUCCACGGAGGACAACCACAGGUUUUGGUUAACAAACGCCCUCAGAUAGCCAUUCCGCACAAACUGUUCGUGAAGAUUUUGGGCCCCGCGUGCUUCUGCCUUGAGGAUACUGCAGUGAGUCUGAAUCCGCUCGAUGAGCGUUAUCACUCAAUGAGCUCACUUCGGAUCACGAGUUCACAAUCGUAGGCGCUAUGAUAAGUGUUCACGGCGGAAGCUAGACAAGCCAAGAAUUAGUCGAAGCCCGGUUUCGGAUGAAAACUAAGCCAAUCAGCGUAUCGAUCUGACGCCGUCAGUCAUUACCCUGCGCAGACAUCUAGAGACAUGUGUGCUUGAGCGCAGAUUGACUAGCACCUCGUAUAAAGGUUGUUUGUUCUGUUGUCACUUAGCUCUGACAAUAUACUCCUACACUAGUUCGAAAGAUCGGAAUGAUAAACUAAGUGUUUCGGCUCUUGUCCAGUCUUAUUCCUUAUUUAAUCCUUCGUCUUGAACUCCAACAUUCGGCCUUACCAAGCAUCCGCCACGUUGUAUAAAUUGCAGGUUUGAUUUUAAUUUCGCAGGGCAGGAAAUUAUUUAGCGUACGUUCAAUGUCGCUUGUUAUCUCCUCCGAGUUCCGGACUCGACUGUUAAGAAACGCUAGGCUACACAGCUUCCCUUAUUUGGACUGGCAUAUCGAAAAUAUUUCAUACUGACCCAACUAUGAAAAACUCGGCGCCUCGGUGGGAUUCGAACCCGCGAAGUAAGGGGAAGGCUUUAGUACAGCCGACGCUCUAACCACUUGAGCUAUGAGGCCCCGCCAGACGACGCGACUUUAAGCACAUUUGGGUCAAGUUACAUGAGCCUGGUAGUCAUCUGGUGGAUUCUAAGUGAAUUACUCAGGAGAUCCUGCCUGGGCAGUCAACUUACUGCACCAGAUUUGAUGGAUUCCAGACGUUGCAGUGGGUUGGGCGGGUAACUUGACUCAAAUGGAAUUAAACUCGCGUCGUCCGGUGGGGCCUCAUAGCUCAAGUGGUUAGAGCGUUGGCUGUACUAAAGCCUUCCCCUAACUGUUCGAAUCCCACCAAGGCGCCGAGUUUUUCACAGUUGGGUCAAUAUGAAUUAUUGAAAAUCUGCCAAAAUAUCUAUGAACAUCGGAAACAGUAUAUUGAAGCGAAAAUUUCAAGGAUAAUAUUAAAUGUAAGUAUUGCCGCCUAAAGGCUUUCUUCCUUCUCACGAACGCACGACAGAGGCCACGGUAGUACCAGCGAACUUGCAUCCGUGAGAAUAUAAAAUUAUAGCAUAGUACCGCACAGCGCAGUAAUAUCCUGAUGGUCCAGUCUUCGCAAGAAAAGAGGUCUCCCAGCGCUUCACGAGGUGGGUCCGGUAAUGAUCUGCGGCUGGGUUCAGGUAUAAUGAAGCAAAUUGUCAAUGCACCUACCUCUGUAUUUUAUCGUGCCCACCGUAGUUCGACAGCACGACAAUGCCAAGACGAGCCAUAGUGGGUGUUGGCGCAGAAACUGUUAAACCUAAACAGUCUGUCGGAGCUCAAAAUAUAGUUCCUCGUCCCUGGCUCUACACACCAUAGGCUUGAUUCAAGAGGAGUGUGCUCGGAUCACACACACGAGAGGGCGCACUGCAGUUCUCUCCUUCACCCCCCAGUCGAGAGUUUUCUCCAGUUAUCUCGUUGGUUGGCAGUCUUCCAAGUCGGGAAAAAUCUGUCGUUUUGCAUGAGGGACUUGGACACUGGAUCCGAGCUGCAUCAGUCUCACUCACACCAUCUGCUCCGAUAUUCUAGACGCCCGGAUGAGUCAACAGACAUGGGCGCUCCAGCAGAAACGUUCAACCGUCGUUUCCGACGAUGUCAGCCAUCUGCUCGACAGCUAUGCAGGAUGACUUGAUACAGUUUAUAGCAAAUGUAAAAUUGCGCUGCAUAUACCACACUCUCUCCUCCCCCCUCCCCUGGACCCGUUGCGAAGACAGAUUGUAGAAGAUCGGAGGCGGGGGUGGACGCAGGUGGCUGGCACAUCGGAAACCUACAACUUGGCGCUCUACCACGCACAUCCCCUGGUGCGCACAACAGAUGACUAAGAUUUUAACCAAGAAGAAAAUAGGUCGGCGUUAGGGAUCCCACUGGACGCGACGUAGGCCGGCAACUGGGUUUCCACUGAACGCCACCCCGAAUGUUGGCAUUUGUUUCUGUGCGCAUUCCGAUAGCGACUGCCAGAAUCCGAUAUAGGCCCCGAGUUGGUUCAGCGCAUGCCAGCACAAAGGGGUAAACAGGGGCAUAUUUAAACUGGGGAACUUUCAGUUCGGUUCUCUUUGGGGGAAAUGUAGGUGUCACACCUUUCAACACCAUAUUUGUUGAAGGUAACGGUAGCAUAUCAAAGAGUUGCAAACGGAAACACCAAACCUGUAAAUGUAAAGGAGACAUUCAAAGUGUUAAAUACAGUGGCAAUACUUAAGUGCUGCACAGUAGUCAGUCUGUAGAUAACUGAGUGGUAGAGUUCAAAUUCUCUGCGGAUGCCAAAACGAAUGUUAUCGUGUGAGGGCGCCCAGAACAGCAGUAUUUGCAAACAACAUUACUGAAAUAAAGACAGUAACAUUAUCACAAUAAUAAAGUGUAUGCGUCGAACGUCAAGCCAUCGGUCAGACGUGCAACGUUAUAGCGAUCCAACUUCCUUUAAAGGCCCUGACGGAUAUAAACAUAAUAAUGACGGUAGACAGAGCAUUCAAAACUUCCAUAACACUGUUUGAGAAGAGGGAAUUUCGUGUGUUUAGCCUGGCAUUUGAAGAAGUAUAAUUCGGGGAAAAGUACUUCGGGAAAGGCGACAAACUUUAUUUCGCAAAUCUUUGACUCUAGUUCCCCAUUGUGUAUUCAGACAAAGAGGCAAAAGGGUUCAAAUUCAGACAUGCAUAACGAUCAAUAUUGCCUUGUCAUUCGUGCCAGUAAGCGCCCGUUCUGUUUGGUUGAUGGCUUCACCAUUUCUCCUUGAGACUGCCGUACACGGAGUCAAAUUCUAUGUGUCGAUCGAUGCAUGCGUUGUCAGAAGGUAUGGUCUCUAAAAACCCUCGGACCUUCUUAAAUGAACAGAUGUCUAUAGUGCGAGUCUUCUGACAGGUUAACUUGCAUUCAGUGUUCAGAGUGCGCAUGACAACUUGGACAAGUGGUCUCGCUUUUCAACUGAUGUUCAUGUAUGCAUUUACAGGGAGAUUUUCCAGUUUGUAUACAAUAAAAAGCAUCGUAGGUUUCACGCGCUAUUUUAUAGAAACCUCUUUAGGGUACACAAGCUUGUUGCGUAAUUUGAUCUUCGGAUUGUGCUCCACUAAUAUGUGAGGCUUCUCGGAUGCCUCAAACGAGUUUUGACACACUGUUAAUAUACAGAAGUGCCUGCCGGCUAUUUUAUUUUGGGCGUCUGAUCAGAAAAGUCUAUUACAUUGGCUUUUUCAUUAACUUCCUGUUGUCUUAAGCAUCGACGCACAAACCGUCUAGAAUAACCAUUCACAAAUCAAUCUGAACAUAUAAUUCAGUUCUCUUAGGUGACUUUCGUUGUCAGAGCAGUGAGAUUUUGCCCGAUCAGGCAGGAUGUUCAUAGAACACCACUUUUACGAAAUAGGAUGAUUACGUUUGUGAUAACAAAGAAUUUCCGCACAGACUUUCUUGCGGUGAAGUGAUAUUUGGAAUGUUCAGUCAGUCUUUUUCUGUACGAAGACACUAAGAAGCUGGAGUUUGUUGUGAACUUCUUUGUCGAGGAUGAGUGCGAUUUCUGGGUUUUAAGGUAGAAGUGAUGUAAAGCAUUUUCGUUCGAUCUCUUCUAAUAACAAAAAGUUGUCCUAAACAUAAUAUGCUUAUAAUUUGGGGUAACUUAAUGGUAGGGCGAUAACCUCUAAUUUUUUCGCCGUGAUAUUUGCAGGACAACGGGAUAUAUGUGCUCCCACAUAGGCUAUCUUCAACUGUUGGCAGAAAUCCUGUGCCAAUUAAAAGUUCGUUUUAAGACACUGGUCUAAAUUCUGUAGCAAGGCAGAUGCAGGAACAUCCAGGUCGUACGACUGGGGGCGUUCUUCUGUGAAUUGCCUGACCAAAUGCGGAGGAAGGACGUGAAGAGUGAGAAAGAAGACACAAAAAGACAUUAUUAUCUUUCGAGUUUGUAAUUUUGUUAAGGAAAUCUACCAACUUCUCGAUUGGUGUUUCACAAUACAAACAUAUAUAUCAAUAGGCGAUUUCAUGAACCAGACAAUCUGGUCCAUGACAUUGCCUUCUCUUCUUCGUCUUCCUCGGGGGAUGAUAAACACGGUAUACUUAUACAUAUCAGAGGAGGACGACAGCGUCACAACCCUGACUACAAGCUGGAACCAAAAACACAAAUAUGCCCGCACAGAUGUGACGCAGCUGAUCCGCCACUGGGAUCUACGAGAUGACUUAUAAAAGCUUCAUCAAACUGAAGAGUUAAUCAAUGUUUUGCCAUUUGCCACCACCUGUCGUUGCAAAUCGGGUGUUUAAUUCUCUGGAAUGGGCACACACUGAUCCGUUUGCAUCUUGAAGCAAACAUGUUUUGUAUGGGUGACAGGGGUCACUCAUGCCUGCUUGUAACCUUUUUGGUUAUUGCUGCAAACAUUGUCAUAAAACUGAAUAUCCUAACAGUAUAUUUUCGUAAUCAACUGUCAACGAAAUGGAGUCUUCUUUGUUGCCAGUCAAUAUGCCAGAAAUCUGAAUCCAUGUUCAAACCCCUUAUUUUUUCUCAGACCUUGUCUUCCAGCUGGCCGACAGUACCACCAUAGGAGAGGUAUUUAAACAUUUGCCUCCCAUCUCCACAAAUUUGGACGCAGCUCAGACACAAGACACCAACGGUGGUUAUUCCAUUCCAUUCUUUCAUCCGCAAUUACCGUCAUCGGGCGGUAGUCACCGGAGAAUGUCAGGUUAGUAGUAUUUUAUAUCUGAAAAUGAACUCCACCAUCCCCUAUAUAAACGAAAUUUGGCCAAUUUUUGUUCGGAGCUAGUGAAGAAUUUUCCGGGCUGCGCAGAUAUGUAAGUCUUUUUUCAGCGCUGGCCAGCGCAGACACCGUGAAAGCCAGAUAGCCUUCAUGCAAGAAGUAUAUCGACUGACUGAGUAAGAACUCAACCUGCGGAAUCGAGAGUUUUGUAGUUUAUACAAACGUCCUUUUGUCAGGAAUUAUAUGCCAUGUAGGACUUAUAAGGAACAUUAAAUUGCCGGGAAUUCUCGGUUUUUAUCAGAUAUAUUUAUGAUCAUCAGUUAGUUAUAACCUGACCUCAUGCUUUACAACACAAAAUGUCAGUAGUAUACGCUAUGACUAAGAAGCACGCUAAUGCCAGGUUUACAAAAACGCGUAUUCAUGCCACUUUAGACUUUAGGGAGGCAGAUAUGAAAAAGCUCCAAAAUUUGUUGAAUUACUGACAACUGCCUCAUUAAUGUAUGUUUGAAUUUUAGAAGACGGGAAUCGGAUCCAAGAAGUAAGAUUUUUCCUUUAAAUUUUCGUUCAGUAUUUGAUGUGAACAACUCACCAGGAUGAUUUGCAUAUCGACAUGCAUGCUUGAAUCAUUGAGUUAAUGUUCAUUCCGAGAUGAUAUAAUAAAAGGAAAUGGCUCGUUAGGAAAUUAAGGAUGGUCAUGUGGAUUUUCAACCUUGUUACACUGACUGUUCUUCAGAUAACAUUCAUCGUCAGCUUUGUAAUUUCCUUAAGUAUUUAUCAUUAUAGCAGUUCGAAUGAAGCUUCAUAUUCCUCGUCCGAAGGGUUUUGUUAAUACUUCUGCCGAAGUCCACUUACUACCUCCGUAUACCCCUAUAUAACGUAUAAACUGCAACAGGCAGCCAGUAGUGUAUAUGUGUUGAUUGCAGUAUAGAUACUGGCCAGCAACCCAGAUACAUGAUUCGUCCUUGCUGUCUGUAUGAUAAAUCAAGCAAGAUAUGUAUACUGAUGGCUGCCCGUUAGAAGUUUAUAAAUAUUACGCGGUUAUACAGCGUUAGAUACUGGAGUUCAGAUAAAACAUCUGUAUGGACUUUCGCACAGAUUUCAUAAAGCUUCGUUUAAAGAUAUCAACUUCAGGCAAGCGAUUACUGACCAAAGAAAUCGAAAAUGUGAAAUUUUAAACUGAAAUGUCUGCCUGAAAGCACACGUGGAAAGCUGAGGACCCUCAAAGCAACGUCACCCGGCAACCAGACAUUUGCGGUACAAGUGCCUGAGCUUUAAAAUAAUAUACGUACUCUUAGUGUAGUAUGUUAAGAAGACAUACAUUUCAUGAAGUGAUUUUGUUGCACUAGAAUGUUUGAAGGGCAGACAGAUAUACAUCAAGCAAGCUAACCCGAAAAGCGCUGAUCGAAAAUAUGAAAUGCGUUUUCGUUUCGAAGGGCUACAUAAGUAGUGUUUUAAAAUUAGCAGAACAAUUCUGUACAAAUUCAGUUACAUCAGGAUACUGUCAUUCGAACGAACAUCUUUCCGGCCAAAUGGUAAAACCACAUUUUGUAAAAAAUGACUCCUUAUUUAGCAUGCAUCGUUCUCCUUGAUUUUCAAUGCUCAUAAAAAUCUAAUUAUAUUUCAUGUAAAGAAUAUAUAACAAUAUCCACUCCUUUAUACAUUAGACAGGCAAUUACGUCUUCUUUUAAUUGUAUACUCGAAAAAAAUUGUGUACCGUUGUUUACAAUACCUUUUCUAAUUCCCGAAUAACUUUAAACCCGACCUGCCGUUACACUUGCGUUCAGUGUUUCUAGCUAACAAGCUUUGUAUUUUUCGCGUACGGAGAACCAUUCACUUAAUUAGAAUAUUCAAAACAGAUCAUAUGCGGUUGAUAUAAUUUAGCACUUAACAAACAACAUUAGUAAAUGCAGAGACACGAUCUUUUAUGAACGGCCAUUUCAUGUUCUUAAGAAAUCACAUAAUUAUGAACUUUGUUUAAACCGAAUUUUGCUCCUUCUUCGAGUGUGAACUUGGAAGGAGACGUAAUUUUGUACCGAAUGAGCAGAAGAACAAAUAUUUGUACACAUAAUUUCCAUGAAAUAUAAUAGAAUUUUAGGGGCAUUGAAAACCAAUGCCAAAAAUGAGUGCCAAAAAGUAGUCAUUUUUACAAAACUUUGUUUUCGCAUGCGAACGGAAAGAUGUUCUUUCGAAAGCCAGCAACGGAAGGUAAGUGAACUGCAAGAUGUUUGAUUUCAAAACCCUACUAAGGUAAUCCUUUCGAAACGAAAACGCGUUUCAGAAUUUUGGUUAACAUUUCAUGAGUUAGCACAUCUAAUGUACAGACACUCGUGAGAGGGGUGUGAAUUGUGUCGUGAUGGGUGCCAGAGGCGAAGAGAUGCUUCAUAAUUUUUAGGUUUGACACGCCGUAUCCGGCGGGGGGGGGGGAAUGAAUGACGCGUCGACGAGAUUUAGCACAGCCGUCUAUGGAUUAACAGCUGUUGUUAUAACGGUGGGUGAAGGUAAAUGAGCCGUUGCAGCGUCCCACGGAGACCAAUGGCACAGCGGUGUACGUGCGCGCACCUGUCCAUAGGGAGGGCAGAGGUAAGUAUGGGAGUUCAAUUCUAGUUAACAACAUCAUAGGCGCAGCAUUGGCAUAACUGUAUCUUACACUUAUAGACUAAAAGAUUAUUUCCCGGGAUGUAUCGUAAUUUCGGAAAAGUUAAAACUACCGUAGACAUGCGACGUUCGUUUAUAGGAACGAGAAGGAAUUAGAUUUUCGAGGCCGAUUACAGUGCGUGAACGAUCUCAUGAAAUGUUGGCCGAAAUUAUAAAAUUCGUUUUCCAUUAGAAAAGAUUACUUAGUUAGGGUUGUAAUAUCGCUUCGCGUACGAUCUAAUCCCAUAAAAUUUCGGACUCACCAGGACGACGGCUUUUUAAUGCACUCCUUUUUGACCUCCUGCAGAAACAGUACUCGGUAAAAAAAUGACUACUUAUGUAGCAUUCAUUUUUCCUGUGAGUUUUCGAUGGUCUUAGAAAUUCAAAUAUGUUCUAUAGAAAACGUGCACAAAAUAAGUUUUCUUUUACUCAUUUGAUAGAAAAUAACACUGUCUUUGCAUUUUAUGCACGAAGAAAAUGUUUAUUUAGGUUUUAAAAAAGUUUCUAAUUUUGAAAUUUCUAAGACUAUGCGAUGUCUAUGCAUACAGGACCGCGCAUGUCCGUUUACCACUGCUCCUCGUAAAAUGUGCAACACAGUUCGGACCCAUUGCGAAAUUUAAUGAACUCUAUAUGCUAUACUAUUGAAGGCAUAGAGGAAUAUGUGAUUUUCGUUACGCGGAAAGCAUGCGACUUGUUGGCUGAAAUCGCUGAACACUGAUGCAAUGACAGAUCAGGCUCAAAAUAUUCGGGCAUUGGGAAACUUUUUUUAAAACCUAAAUAAACAUUUUCUUCGUGCAUAAAAUGCAAGGACAGUGUUAUUUUCUAUCAAAUGAGUAAAGGAAAACUUAUGUUGUGCACGUUUUCUAUAAAACAUAUUUGAAUUUCUAAGAUCACCGAAAAUCCACAGAAAAAAUAAAUGCUAUAUAAGUAGUCAGUUUUUGCCGAAUACGGUUUCUGCAGGACGUCAAGAAGGCGUGCAUUAAUAAGCAGACGUCCUGGCGAGUCCGAAAUGCUAUGGGAUUAUAUCGCACACGAAUCAAUAUUACAACCUCAUCUAAGUAUUCCUUCCUAAUGCAAAACGAAUUUUAUAAUUUCGGCCAACAUUUCAUGAGAUCGGUCACGCACUGUAAAGGUAGCACCUGUGCAUUCUCGAGUACAUUAACAGACGGGGAUGAAACACCCCAGCCUCAUAGGUCAGAAAGCAUUGUUUUAGAUCGACGAAAACGGUGGUGGAAACGCAAGCUAAAAUGCGGUCCUAUUACGUAAGCGACAUCUGUGUCUGGAAAGACUAUGAACUGGAACAAUAACAUCAGUCUGAUGGUAACUUCCGAGCCGUAAAAUACAUAUUUUAAGACGCAACAGGAAACCAUCUGCUGUCUCCCAACGCAAGUGUACAAAGCUGGCGGCCUCGCAGUCAGCAUGCACAGAAAAACUCUAGUGUUGAGAUCAUCCAUCAUGCAGCCUACAAAAGCCGUUUUUGAACUAUUUUCCAUCAAGACUUUCGAUACCGUAGCAUCGAAUGUCUGUGUAAGAAAGAACAAGUUUACUUUUGAAGUUAUUCCUUCCAAAGAAAACCCAAAACGUUUUGUUAAAAACCUCUUUCAACUGCCGAAGGCAACUGCAAGGCCUGAACUCCAGUAUAUAAGAAGCACUGCAAAUAUUUGAUUCCUCGGCUUACGUACAAAGAAUUUUUGCAGUAAUCACUUGACAACUAAGCCACCUUGUCAUCUGCUCUACCAGUAAGCCGAUGUUCGUUUUGUGCGCAAUAGUAUUCAGAAUAACGAACCCUUUUCCCAAAGAUCACCAAAUUGGUGUCAUUUACCGCAUCUCUUGCCCCAAUUACUCAUGCGUUUACAUAGACCACACGAGCCGGUGGCUUCGAAUCCGCACUAAUGAAUACCAUGUGACAGUCCUUUCAAUUCGAACGCUAAUGGGAUUCUCACCAUAUCCAGCGCCAAACAGGCGGGGGAAUUGCUCGAGUCUUGUUGGUCCAAUAAUGACAGCACUAACAGCUAUUUUUGCCUUUAUGCCCAUUACGAGGGCCUGCGGUCACGUAGCGGCCGAGAACGAUGUAACAUAACAUACCGUUUAAUAUAAAUUGUGUUGGAUAGAUUUCGGCGAAGAAGGCUAUCACAGGUAUUCAGGUGGACAGAGUAAAAAGGUUCAGGGAAAGUUAUGAGAUAUAUUUUAAGCAGAUAGGGUCUAAGACAUAUGAAAGUCGCAGACAAUAGAAUAUGACAAAUGCAGUCGCACCGUAGAAAUUAUUUCUCUGAAUGGGAAAAGGCCCCACACUGCCUGCUUAGCUGCUCGUGGGUGUACAGUGCUGUGGGGGACGGCAGGGAUUGGCCAUGGUGGAUGCUGUCGUAGGGAGAGAGAAGAGGUUUACGGAAAAAACUUGCAGGCGGUUGUGAGACGAGGCACACGGGUCAUCUCUGUCGUCCCGAAUCGGCGCUAAAGUGCCCUUAGUCUGUUAAAAAUGUCCGGUCGAUACCAUGGUGCGCUAGGAAGGUACACUGACUUGUGCCGAUCUUUAAAACAAUAGGUGCUGGUCCAUGCUCGACCUUAAAGAACCCUGCCGACACAUAAGUGCCUCCCGCCCUCCCUCCUACAUGACAUGCCAUUCAACUAUCACUGCACCCGGAUCUCUGCUUCCAAGAACGUCUACAUAUCUGUCUGCCUGUGCCUCCAAGCAGUCUAGUGCGACGGUCCCACCUCAGACAAAUAAUUUUGCCUCAGGUCUUGUUGGUGCUGUUAACUUGAAGAUCAACAAGUGCAACUCUAUUUUUUCUGGCGAGUCCUUUUCUUUCGUAUGGGCAUAAUUACUCAAUUUAUUUUGUUUUAAAAGUCUCUAAAAAACUGGUAAUUUGUUCACAGAAAAAAUCAGGACGAAGCUAUCUCUUGGCAACAAGACUUUAGGCUUACUCUUCGUCCAAACUUUUCUCUAAAAUGCACUGUCGACUGUUGUUUAACAUGCCAUUUAUUGAAACCUUUGUAUUGGGAAAGUGAUUACGUGAUGCUUUUUGGUGUAUAACCGACGGUAGUCGAAGAACUGCAAGGGCAGAAAACGCUCUGGAAUGAUUGCGACGCAGCCAACGUAAUCGAACUUCAGAGCAUUUUGAGGCAUCUGUGAAAGCAUGCAAGUAGGGUUACAAAAAUAUGUGGGGCCGCAUAUCGGUUGGAGACCGAAGUGGAUAAAUCUAAAUAUAUCCAAAUAGAAACGACAAUGCAGACGGUGUUUUAACAAGCUCAAAUCAGUUAGCCUGAUGGAUUUACCAAAGGUCUGCCACUCGAGAACACCGCUUAGAAAUGAGGUGAUAGAAGGUCACAAAACAAUAUUUUGUAAAUAGGGAAAUAGAAUGUAUAUGUUUGUUCAUUGCAAUAUUUGAGUUAACGUUGUUUUUUGUCCAAUAUUCUUUCAUGCAAACCUUGAGCAUCUCAGACUAAACUAUAAAACCCUAUGAAGAUGUGCAUAUUGGUUCUGUCAAAACACUAAACACGAGCAAAUCAGUAUAUCGCAUAAUCAACUGAGAUUGGCGAAGGUUGAACAAAUGGGUUGCAGCCAUGAUAAGUCAGGAAAAGCUAGCUGUUUAAACAUCCAAAUUAUAAAGACCAAUUCACCCCAUUUAUUAUUCAUGUGAUCGCCUGUUAAAGAGCUCUGUUCUGAAAAGACGAAGCUUAAUGUAAUUAAGCAAGCAAAAUGAUCCGGAUAAGACAGAGGUGGGUUAAGAAUGAGUACAGGUGACGUGGCCGUUUAAAAAGUCGUUAAAAUAUCGUGCUGCGAAUCGGGUUCACAAACUGCUAAAAACAAAAUAAAGUUAUGGUUGGAUAACGAAAAUGUUCACCUCCACAGUUAAAUAAUCACCAAGACUUACAAUAAAUGUUUAAGUACGCCAUCUGUAUAACAAAAUAAAAACUUUCGUUGCUGACUUCAAUACCUCCUUCUAUUUUUGCUUUUCGCUGUCGCCGCUUUCUACUGCAGAUUUUAGUGAACGAGAGCCUUACUAGAUGUCUAUCGCCCAGGUCAAAAUCCUGCAGUAUACUUGUCGGAUUAACUCCCGAAACGGAAAAACCCAUCCUCCAGUUUGUGCGACUUAAAACGCCAAUAGAUCCAGGAGGCAUAGUUGAAGUUACCUGCCCUCUGGAAUUCAUCAUCAUUUCCACUACACCAUAUGCGGAAUUAGAAAGGGAAACAGUUCAAAUCGGACGCAUAUUUGGGAUAUUGCUAGUAAGCAAAGUAAGAAACUUGGCUAAAAUAAAUUCUUUGACUUAUUCUGCACAAUAAACGUUGUGAUAAUUAUUGAAGAGCUUUUGAACUGAGAUGAAAGAAUGCAAGGCAAACUGUGUCCUCCCUAGUAUUUUCAUUUCACUAAAUUACCAACUCUUGGACACAUAAGAUGAUGUUUGUAAACCUCUCAAAAAUGCGAAAAAGUAGAUACGUUGUCUUGAUAUUAGAUCACAAAGUUUAAUGUCGUGAGAGAAGAGAAGUUGGGUAUGAAAAUAGGAAAGCGGACAUAUCAAUUCGAUUAAAUGUGGCAGUUAGAAGAAACGUAUACGGACAUUGCAAAAAGCUGAAUCUAGAUUAUCCUUGUCUUUGGUUCAAAUUUAAUAAAAUAUGACAUAGAGAAUCAAAUGUUCUGACGAUGUUUAGAGUAAUGGCUCUGGCUAAAUUAGAUAUUUUGAUGAUUUCGCGUGCAGAUUAUUCCUUUCUGACAUGGAUCAUAUUUAAAUAAAAAUCAGCAUCCUUGAUAAAUCUGCAUGGGGAAGCUUGCAGGGCAUUUUAAUUUUGAUGAGGGUUUCCUAGUCUUCCUAUUUAAAUGACCAUAGCUAUGAUUCCUCUUCUCAGUUACCAAAAAUAUAUGAUAUUUGCAUCUCAAUAAAGCCACUUAUUAUUUUAAUGGCGGGACAGUUGUUAUAGGACCAAUACAUGCAUUUUAAAAACUAAUGGCUUUCCUUCAUUUGACGGUAAUGUUAAAACCGUUGGAACCUAUUACGAAACGUCAUGUUUUCUUUUUAUUGCAGUGUUUUAAACGAAUACAAUUAACGACUUUGGAAAGGGUUUUUAGAGAAUGCAAUAAAUAUGUUUAUCUCCUAAUAUUUCUAUGUCCAUUAUGCGUACGCAUAUUAUAUCCGGGAAGAAGAUUAUAGCAACAUGUGUCAUAGCGUAAUCCACUUAUCAACAAGUAUAAAGUUUACAAAUUAAAAACAAUGUGGCCAAAAAUCCUCCACGUUAAGUUGUGUGUGCUCUGUUGAUCGCUUUCCACAGGUUUGAACAGCAAGUCGGUCUAAGUAUACGACAGAAUUCCAUAUCAGCAGAGAUCAAAAAUAGUAUUUAAAAUGCUCUGUUUCCUUGCCGUAUAAAAACAGAUUAGCAUCAUUAUUUAGGUGUCAACAUGUAGCUGGCCUCUUGAUGUUUAAGUAUACAGCUUAAGGUGAGUGUAAAGCCUGCAAUUAGCGAGGUCUACGCCUUGAAAUCUGAACCAGUACUACUUGCUCCCUAAUCGACGUUCACUCGCGGCUAGGCCAUACGUUCAUUGUGUAUGCAUAGGCGCACUAAAUUCAACUGUAUUGUGGAUUCAUUCGUUAAUUUCUGUAAAAUAUGAGGCAUUUGGCAACACAUCCAGUAGGUGCGAGUGCUUCUCCCGUUCAUGGGAUAGGCUGAAAGUAAUCGCGAAAAUUAUCUUCUCCUUAGAGCGCAAUUUUGGGUUUGAAUUGUUUCCUAAAUCCGCCUACUGUAUUUGGAUAUAAUAUUGGGUGUCCGAGUAGUCCAAGACCACAGGUUUAAAAGAGCAGGUUUUUAGAUUACAGCUCCUAAAAAGAAGGGCCUAAUUUAUUUUUCAAACCGACUUUUGAUAAUCACAUUGGUGCAACUUUUAAUUUUCUCUUAUUUUAAUUAAAAGGCAUUUUGCCAGGCGUGUGAGCGCGCUGUCAACAGCGACGACAUUUACGCUGCAUGCAAGAAACAACUAGGGCACUGGACUGUCCAAAGUGAGGAGCGGGGAUCCGGCCAAAGAGUCAGAGCAUUCGUCGAAUCCGAUCCAUUUGAAGACACGGAAAUAGAAGAAGGUUCGCAAAAUUAACCACCUUGCAACGGCUAGAGCACUAAGAGUUCUUGGCUUUAACGUUUCCUAACAUAAAGAGAGGCGGGUUUGUGAUGGUAUUCCCGGAAAUGUCCACUUUUACGUCGCAGUAAUUGUGGUACAGUUUUCCCGGAUAUUUUCCGAUAGUACAAUGUACGUUCGACAAUUGUAACUUUGCGAACUUUAAAAUAAGGCAAUGCAGGUUACGAAAACUACAGAGGGUUGUUACAAUCUGCUAUGAUGUACAUGUUCAGAUCGCCAGUGCUGCUAACUGUGGAUAAUUUUUCAGAAAACUGCUUUGCGACAAAGCUAAGUAAAGGAUAAGUAACUCAUCCAAGCGCCGAUAUUGAGCCCCCCAGCUGGCAAAUCUAAAGUUUUAAAAAUUACAGAAAUGAAUCCAAAAUGGUUCGGUGAACAAGAUGCCUGAAUACAAUAUGUGCUUUUUGGGUCGCAGGCUACUGCAGCGAAAGCCAUCCCACUGCUGAAGUCAGUUUCGGAUCUCCAAAUAACAACCGACAACAGAAGACAUGCCCAUGCUGGACACGUACAAGAUGUCAUAGCUAAACUUACUGUCACAAAAGCUUUUAGUUACUUUUGAAUUUUGCGUACCUGGGAAUGCCUGUUGACUGACAAUCAAUUUGAAUAUUCCUGUUCAAUUUUUGUGACCUUUUUCAGAAACAUCUGUUACGUCUGCGACUUCCGAAUCACCUUCCAGCAACGGGAAGCCGAAAUCUCUGAGGAGCAGGUGUUAUCACCAACUCUGUCCACCCUUACAUGAUCUCGCCCUUGGAUUAGUUACUCUCAUAAAGCGAUACCCGAGUGAUUUCAGGGACGCUUUUGUCAAUGGCAAUGCCAGUGUGACUUUUAAAAGCAUCGUAUCCCUCUAUUUUGUCAUCUUUCCGGCCGCCAUCACUUUCGGCACUCUAAUGGGUUUGUUGCAUUUGAACACGGCAACUUCGUUUUGAUGUUUUGAUGGUCAGAAAAUCUGCAGAAUUGCGCUUGAUUCCAGAAGAAAAACAUAACACAACAAACGCUUGCGCUCCAAAGCGUACAUACGUGGAUUUUUUCUUAGAAGAGUGAAGCUUGGCUAGGUGUCGAAUUUUCAACUAUCAAUCUGAUGAGCAAAACACAUUUUUAAAAAAUGUCCUAUCCAGAAGAAGUAUAUUUGGUGACUCUAGCAAGCAAUAAAAUUCGAAACAACUGUUUACCAGACAUUCUCUAGUUGCCCAUCUAAGAACAACGUGACAAUGAAACUUAUAUCUUUUCAAAUGUUUUCUCAAAAACUGUCCGAAUAACGUUUAGUUUCGCGUUUAUCUUUAAUUUCCGAAUUGGAUAUCGGUUAUUUACCAAGAGAUUCUCAACAGCAUUUUGGGAAGUGGCCAAUAAGUACCUGUGUGCUAACAUUGGAUAACAAAAGGAUGUAGGACCCUCAAGCUGAUGUCAAAUCUAAAAAAAUAUCGUAAAAUUCUGUGUGACUAUAAACAUCACUUAUUAUUCACAAUUUCCGUUGUUUUAAAUUUACUCCCCCUCCUGGUUAAAUGUAAACUUAUCAUGGGCGUUUUAUUCAGAGUCCGUUAUUUUUUGAAAACUGCUUUUUGUAUAUUUUUUUACUUAUUGCGCUAACUUUCAUUGCCAAAUGACAACGUACGAUAAGACUUUCGGCAAAAAUGUAUUUAUCUUUUGUGCCUUCCUUCUUUCCGUCACGUGCGUUGCUCCACCUGUAAAACACUCUUUAACACCAUUCAUUGCAUGACACGAUCUACAGGCUAUCUCAAAUUAGUCGUUGCCAAACAUUGUAAGAAUUGUUUCUGUCGGAAAUCACACUUUACUUCCAACUGUCCUCAGUCAGGGACAGCUUUUGUCUGCAAAAACUGGAUUUCUUUGACAACAGCAAUCACGCAAUAGCAGUUUGGCAACAUUUUAUGCAAAAUGUCAAAGAACAUACUAGGUUAAAAAGCAGUAACUAGAGCCGUUUAGGCCUCAGGCAAGUACUGAACGGAACAUCUUAUGUAUGUCAAGGAUUUCGUCUUGUGCUCUUAGACCUAGAUCAAGAAUGGGCCUGCUGGGACGCUUGAUGUAACUUUACGAAACUUAUUAGGUGUGAUCUUGAUGCUAUAGUGUUAAUCCUGAACUGGUGACUUACGACUGCGCCUAUUGUACUUGAAGAAGCGGUAUGAGUAGGAUUUAACAAAGGCAACUAUAUUCGCGCUUACGGUUUCUGACUAGGUUUUGUUUAUAUGCCAUGUAGACAAAAUCACACAUGUUUGUACGCUGUUAUGAAGAAGUAAUAUGUGUCUCAUAAAUUUAUUAUAUAUAUAUACAUAUACGCAUCGUAUUGUUUUCUUCAUAUGAGAUAUUAAUAAACUAAAAAACAUGAUACCCUAUGGCUGGAAACUUCACGAUCUUGAAAAAUCUUAGAAGUACAGGCUUUUUAACUAGAAAGUUACAUAUUCAUUGGAUAAAACUUAAAGUCAAAAUAUUUUAAAAUUACUAAAGCAAACACUACAACUGAAAUUCUACCCACGCGAUCCUUUCUAGCUGAAGACUCGUUCAAAAUUUCCGUUUACAUUUUUUGAGGCAGGUCGGGUAUCGUACACACUAGAUAAACAAGAGCCUUUUACAAACUUUCACCACAAAGUCUUGUUUGCAAAGUCUGUUCACGGAAAACGUAAAACCAAGUCGCCGUGAAGAAUAGUGAACACUGAUGUUCAAAGGCUUUAAAAUACUUUAAAAAAGUCAUCAAGUUUCUGAAGUACGCAGUGCAUUCUUUUAUAUUCAAAACUUGUAUUUCCUUUUUAGCACACGUGGACCCGGCAUACACAGUGUCUAAUAGUAUCUUGACAAGCGGCAUUAUAACGGUACUGAAUAGCAUGUUCGCAGGCCAACCAGUUGCCAUUGUUGGCCCCGCGGGGGCUGGGUUUCUGAUGGAAAAGAUGAUUGCAAGGGUGAGUGUGAUCUUUUUGUUUUAUAAGAAAUAUUUGUCCCCGCUUAUAAUGAAAUAAAAGCAGACAUGAGGAAGAAUCACCAUACAUAAUCCUAUAUUUGCCGCACACUUGAAAAUGAGUAAAAUCAAGGAAAGUCUAAAAUAAAGGCAUUUUGCUAGACAUAAUUUUAAAUAACUAGACUGUUCGUAUUUAGGUCAGUUUAUUAAAAGUCAACGGAUUUUAGAGUUAAUAACGGAACUAAAGAAUCACAAGAGUUUCUAAAAAGUCAAUCCUCUCAAUUACACGCGACAAACAUUGCAUUAUACGCAAACAAAACUCGUUGCAAAUAUGCGACAAAGCUCCCAUUUGCAAAAUAAUCGUUCUUCUGUCCUUCUGUUUACAAAUGUUUGCGCCUUUCGAUUACUUACAAAAGUGCCGUUCCUUAAAUCACCUUUUUAUUUACCCAACUGAGAAAAACUCGAUGGGGUUCGAACCUACGCGUAAGGGGAAGGCCUAAGUACAGCCAACGCUCUAACCACUUGAGCUAAGAGGUCCCGCCGGACGACGCGAGUUUAAUCACAUUUGGGUCAACUUACCCACCCAAUCUACUGCAACGUCUGGAUUCCAGCAAAUCUGAUGCAGUAAGUUGACUGCCCGAGUCGUUCGGUGGGUCCUCGUAGCUCAAGGGGUUAGAGCGUUGGCUGUGCGAAAGCCUUCCCCUUACUGCGUCGGUUCGAAUCCCACCGAGGCGCCGCAUUUUUCACAGUUGGGUCAAUUUGAAUUUUUGAAAAUCAGUCAAAACAUCUAUGAAUUAAACCACCUUGGUUACGCAUCACUGUACUCCCUUUAGUGUGUAUGUUUGCUUUUUGUACUUGUCCCAAAAGUAAAAAUAUGCGUAUCAGGUGCUGGUCGACGAGCGUUUUAGAAAUUUUACCGGGUACAUUUUACUUCCGGGCACACAAGGAUGCGCCGUAUAGCACACAAGCAGCAGAUUUCUAAUAAGACUCUGCGUCGGCUCUGUCGUCUUAUAUGAGAGCAUGAAAGAGGCCGUGGAGCCUUGACGGUUUUGGGGGAGAUAAAUGUGCUGUUAUUGCAUUGACCGACAGUGGUCUUCGUUUCGCGGAUUCCAACUUUAUUUGCACUCAAUGCGGGGUUCUAAAAUUCAGAAUUGCCUGUUAAAUCGGAUUAAGCAGUCUUUCCGCGUGCCUUUAAACACUGAAGAUGUAGUUUUUGUCCACGACAUGACCUGAUGUUGUGGAUAAAAUUAUUUGCACAUAAAUGAAAGAGAACUUGCCUGAAGACACAUUCAUACGGGAGUGCUACAGCUAGAAGGAUCUGUCAGCGUAAUUCCUCAUAACUAACAGAAACUCAUUCCCACAAAAACGUUAUUUAUUCCGUGGGACACAGAUUGGUUGUCAGGAGUGGAAAAGGGCACCUGAGUCAAGAACUUCCUAAAUCGUUGUUCACAAAAUUUUGGUCCAUCAACACGUGGGGACAGAGCAAUUAGACACAAUAAGAGCUCGCGUGUAACAGCGUUUGCAAAUGGCAUUAUUAAAAGGCUACAUUCUGAUUACGCAUUUUGUUUAUACCAAACACAGGGAACAAAAAUAUUGCAUUUAACGGCUAAAAUACAAACCAUCAAACAAUUACUGUGUCAGCUACGAUCACUUAUGGUAAGUGCUAAAACUGCCGGAAUUCGGCAGCUAUGUGUUGCGUUCCCAACGGCAUCCCAUUACUACAACGUCUGUGUAAUUCAGCCAACAUUUUCUGCCUUUGGAUCAGAAGCUGGGUUUAAAGAUCUAAGUAAGUAGGGGGCCAUCUCUUCUACCGCACUAACCGGUCGGCAUUAGUUGGCAGUUCAGGUUCGACAGUGAAAACCAUCCGAGAGUACUUAGGGAUAAUUUAGGUUUUAUGGUGCCCGUCCUCUGCUGUGGCAGUUUAGGUUUUUUACAAAUGCCAAUCAGUCAUGUCUCUAUGUGCCGUUCCUAUUAUAGGCGCGAGAUAUCUAUAGAAUGUGAAGAUCAUAAACGGCGGGAUUGCGUUCCGAAGGGGUUUGCGCCGCCAGCAAUUAAAUAUUUUCUCCACGUUCUCCAUUUGGGGAUAGUCUUGCACGGUUUCCUCUUUAUCGUUCUUCCCAGAUUUUCCAAUCUUGUCCGUCCCUUUAGCUUCUCGUUUGGUUUAAACAAACCGUAUCCAUUAAGAUCUGAAAAUGCAUCUUAAAAGACAUCUCCACCAAUAAACUGGUCUGUAUCCCGUCCUCUGCUUGCAAGUAGAAGGUCGAUGGGGCUAGACAGUUGCCCUCGUUUUACUCAUAUCGGACAGUAAACCUGCGGAAAAGAAAUCCGCCAGCAGCUUAGUUCGGAUAUGAGAAUUCGCAUCAAUCAAACGUUAUUUUAUUACGAACGUCCCCUCAUGCAUCUGAAUAACCAUGAUUCUUGUUUGUUAAGGGCGUCUCGAAAUAACGAUUGGGAUAGCCUCUCCAUUUGUCGGCGUCUGUCCUAUGAAUGACUAUUUUUUGCGCAGUUUCCCCCGGAGAUCGUGGGCGAACUAGGUUUCAGUUAAAGCGACGAUUUUAGUGUUAGUUGGGGAAAACAUUUUCUUCUGCCCACAGCCAUUGUUUACGAAACCGAGUACCCUGUCGUACAGAACUUAAAUGGGGUUUUAGACUGAAGCUGCGACGGAAGUAUGAGUUAUUUUUAUGUCUACUACGGGUGGAACCAGUAGACAAUCGAGUUAUUCUAAGCUAUGAGGUCACACCGAGAACGAAGUCGCUUAGAUACAUAAACCAGCUGCAACGGGUAUCCAGAUUUGUCUCUUCAUAGCUUCCUAUUUUAACGAUUUUUUUUGGAAAAAUGGGUAGGGAAACAAAAGCCAGUGCAUUUAUUCCUUCACAACGAUUUCCUGCCUAUUUGAAGCGACGCGUAAGGUUACGUUUGCAAACUAACAAUCAACAGUCGUGCGGCACAUAUUUGUCUUCUUAGAUUACCUUCUAUUCUACUGUACCCCAAAACAUGCCUCUUUCCUCGGAUCAGCCGGCCGGCAUAAUAUCCGUUCCUGUUCGACAAUACAAGUCGACUCAAGUAACUAGAGCAUGAAUCAAGUUUGAAUGAGUCAGCCAGACGCAAAGAUAUAUUUCGCAUUAUAUCGCGUUCAUCAUCUCCCGAAGAAGACGAAGAAGAGAGGCGAAUUCAUGGACCAUAUUGUAUUCAAACGGACGUGUCGGAAACUUCCUCGUGUCUAUCAUCAGAGUAGCGUACCUGUUGUUCCUGUCGGCAUUCAGCUUCGCGGGCGCAUCGGUGAGACAUUGUUCGGCUUUGGUCACAUGAUCUCUUGCCCCCAACUCCGCUCGUUUCCAUGAGCGUGGACUCUCGGUCUCGCGUGCUGGCUUGCCUUACUGGUCCUGUCCGGAGUGAUCCGAGCCUUGUACGCAACGCCCGGUAGGCGAAAUGGAGAUCGGUUGAGUGUGCCAGUCCUGUACCAUUUUUCGAGCACCAGUCUGGCCAUCUUCUCAUUAGCUCGACCAAUAACCCUCGCUUUCUCAAAGGCCAAAUCGUGGUUUAAUUCUCGCAUGUGGCCGCUCGUGUGUGCUCGCUUGACUGUCAUCAUGGAUAAGGCUGAGUACUGCACAAAACUAGGCAACCUCUUGAUGGACAAGGAAACUUAUGCGUCCUCGACCGUCAGCGAGUGUAAAAAGCUCGUAAACAGCAUAAACAAUACGAUCGGCAAGCGGGAGCCCUUACGAGAAGGAAAGCGUUGGCCGCAAAAGCCAGUGAUGCCGCGAUGGCGCGCUUCUACGGCCUAGCAAAUGUCUACAAGCAGGGGGUGCCGCUACGCCCCAUCGUCUCCUUUCGUGGUGCCCCAAACUUUGGGCUGUCAAAGUGGCUAUAGCAGCGACUUUGUUUCCUUACCAAGGAUUCGGAGUGGACAGUGAAGUCGGCUGAAGAGUUCUUGACGUGCAACAAACAUCCAGAAGUGGAGGCAGAUGAGGUGGUGGUGCCACUUGACAUGAUCUCAUCAUUUACCUCCAUCCCACCCGCGCCGGCUACCGACACCAUUGAUGGCUUUCUCCGGGAAAGGUAUGAUGAGACCGACCAUCAUCUCAAACAAGCACACAUCAUCGAGCUCCUACAAUUGUGUCUUAAGACCUUCUUUACAUUCAACGGCGUCAGCUUAAUCCUUAAGAGUCGAAACUGUCCGGUGAAUGCUGAUAACAUGUUCGAAAGUGAGGUGAUGGAACGACAAACGACAGCCUGGUGGUUCCGUAUGAGGGUAAGAACAAAUUAACUGUGAACAGCUGACUUCCGAAACUAGUAAGUGAACAGUUUCACAUUAGUGACAGGGAACGAAACCUGCCAAGAAACAAGUGCGCAUAUCAGCACUGCAUUGAGAGAAAACUAAGUCAAACAAGGGAACAGUAAAUUACACGGAGAGGCUUACUUCCUGGACUGUCAGGGAAUCUGUGAAAACCGGCAACUUGGAACCUUCUCAUUCUACUUAACCCUCGCUGUGGUUGCUCAAUUGCAUGAUGUGCAGUUAGGACAUGCCUAUCAUGAUUACGAUAGAUGAGGAAGAUUCUGGAGUAUUAGUAAUCCUCACAUGAGUUCAAACUAAGGUAAACUAUAUUCAGACUAAACGUUAUGGGACUCGUACAAUAACACUUGAAGGCGUUGAUACGCCUUGAUAAUUAUUAGGCCACAAGAUACUGCGCUUCACCAUCCGACUCAGUGUAAAUUGAUGCUGUUAAAUUGCAAAUCUUGAGCUUGGGUCUGCUUGAAAUAAGGAGCUAGCUUAUCCUAGGGUUUUCAGUUUAGGUAAACCGCUUUUUAUUUGCAUAAUACUAUGCUGUAUUUUUAGAUUAGUUUAUGCGUAAAUUUUAGUGUAAAAGACGCUAGGGCACACGGUACAAGGACCUGUGAGUAUAGUCGCUCAGGUUAAUUAGAGAAGCCGGAUUCUCUUUCAGGGUUUCCGCAAAGGUCUUACCUAUAUUUAUAUAGAUCAUAAUAAAAUUCCGCCAUUGUAUCACAUCUCCGUAGCAGCUGCUUCUGUCCAAACUAUUCUUAUCUGCCCAUAUUGACCGCUGAUGAGGCUUUUCGGAUAUAUUACUCAUCCACCGCUGUGUGCUAUUGCUUAAAAUAAUAAAAAUAGGUGUGCAGACUAGGGAUUUGGGCAAGCAUUGGAGUGAGCUUGACAUUUUUAAUAUCAUUUAUAUUAAAGGCACUGACGAAUGAAUGUAGAACUACGAGUCUCAGAUUGACUUUUCAAAUAAGAUACCUAUUAAUAAUUGUAUAAUUAACAUGUCCUUGCCCGACACUGCUGAAGGAUAACAUCGGUACGCCGCCAAAACGUCAUGCAACUUGUUGUUUAGACAUAAUAACACUUUUUGGGGCGCUAAAAUGACAAGUAUUUUAUAAUGCGUUACACAGGAAGCGAAGGAACUGAAGAUGAAUUACUUUAUCUUCCGAGCAUGGGUUCUAGUUUACGAGAUUGUCAUGGGAAUUGUCUUAUUGUUCCUGAACGCCUCCGCUCUGGCUCUACGUGCAAAGAAGUCAAUGGAAGAGCUAUUUAUUGCAUUUAUCUGCGGCUUUCUCAUCAUCAAAGCCAUGUUUUCUUUGCUCAGGGUAGGUAUGUCUGCAUUGUCUUUAACCGUUUAGUACCGUUAUCAAUAAGAUGCACUGCUAGUGCAACAUUUUUGGGAUUUUCUGUUUGCAUUUGGCAAUAAAGUUCCAUCCCAUUCCGAUUUACAGUGAGUGACCGAUCUCAUGAAAUGUUGGUUGAAAUUCUGAAAUGCGUUUUCGAUUAAAAUGGAUAACUUGAUCGCGGUUGUAAUAUUGAUUAUCUUAGAGCAUACCCUUAUAACAUUUCGGACUCGGCAGGAUGCCGCCUUUUAAAUACUUUUCUUUUCAAUCUCCUAUAGAAAGUGUACUGGAUAAAAAAUGACUACUUAUGUAGCAUGCAUGCUUCCCAUUGAUUUCCGAUGGUCUUGCAAAUUCAAAUAUAUUUUAUAGAAACCAUAAACAAAUGUAUGCUUUUUUAGUCAAUCAAUAGAGAACCACGUCCAUAAAAUUUUUCAAUGGAUUCGGACCAUGUUGUACAUUUCAUCAGGAGCAGUGGUAAACGGCCAGGCACGAUGCUAUGUGAAUGGACAUUUCGCGGUCUUAAAAAGUCUCAUGAUGAGAAACUUUUUCAAAACAUAAAUAUAUUCCUUCCUUAAGUAUAAAAUAUAAAGAAGACGCGAUUCUCUAUUGGUUGAUUAAAAAAGCAUAUAUUUGUUUAAGGUUUCUAUAAAAUGUAUUUGAAUUUGCAAGACCAUCGGAAAUCAAUGGGAAAAAUGCAUGCUACAUAAGUAGUCAUUUUUUAUCCAGUACACUUUCUAUAGGAGAUUGAAAAGAAGAGCAUUUAAAAGGUGGCAUCCUGCCGAGUCCGAAAUGUUAUAAGAGUAUGCCGCAAGAUAAUCAAUAUUACAACCGCGACCAUUUCAGAAUUUCAGCCAAUAUUUCACGAGAUCGGUCACUUUCUGUACACUCGGUUCGGCAUAAGCCAUGAGUGCCUAGCAUUUUUACUGAAAACUGUACGGUAAUAUGUACUCGGAGUUUGUUUAACCGCGUCAGUUUUGCCAUGCACUGACGUUUCAGACCAUAGAAAAAAUUGCGUUUCAUUAAUUCUGAAAAAAAUACUGUUCAUUUAAUGUUUGGCGCUGCAUGAGCAUGCUCUGGAGUAAAGGAUCAUUCAUAGGUCGAUCACCAUCAGGACGAUUAUCAACGAAUAAAAUGGCGCUCUUUUAAUCUCGGUAAAAGUAUGAUACACUGCCAAUUAUUUUUUGUAAACAUAUCCAGGUGGCAACAUUAAAUGCGCCAUUUCGAGGGUAUUAAACUGAAUUCUGCAAGGCCCCCUUUCACAAUAGUGUUAUAUUAAGAACUUGCAUGUCUUUCUUGUAAAAUUUCUGCAUUAGACUAAAUGUUAAAUCACGUUCGGUUUGUUCACGACGAAUUUAUCUAAUUGCUAAUAGCCUUAGUUAAUAAGAUUAGGUUGACUCGGAAAACCUUGAUUCAAAACUUAGCAUUCUCGGACUAAUUCUCAGUCAUUAGGCUACUUGCUCGGUAAAAUUCUUUUUUACAUAUCGCAGUUCAUUCCAAAAACGUUGCCAUCGUUGAACACAACAUUAACCACAGAGACAGAACUUGUCUGGCGUAAAGCAGUACAGUCGGGCGUGAACGUAUUCAUUGCCCUAUUAAUGGUCUGUUUUUUGGUGACAAUUGUAAAAUUCAGAGAAAGUCACCUAUUUGGACGCCGGGUAUGUAAACUUUUAAAUUGUAUAAUUUUGGUGAUCAAAUUUUGAGUAGCCAUAGCCAGAGGUAUUUUCAGUGAAAAGUGAUAGGACAUAAGCAAUAGCAGAGAAGAGAAAAGUAGUUCCCCAAGAAAGUAUAUAAAGGCAUGUUCCACUUGCAAAAUAGACAAGACGAAACAACUUGUUUAGCAAACUAUUGCUUAUUUAAUAAUUUACCUCUUACCACCUAUACUAAUUCGCAUUGACAGGACAGCCGCUCACAUAUUUCAUGUCAGUCAAACCAGCCAUACACCUAUACCAGUUCGUACAUUUUUCAAAAUAUAAAUAAUUUCUGCGAAGUGUUACCUGCAGAUCCAGGUUAAACUUAUGUUUUGCAAAGUGGAGGAGAUAGCAAAUUUCAAAUUUUCAUGACGCUAAUCAUAGGCGAAAUAGUAGCUUUCCAUAAGUGACCAAAGAAAACAUCGUGGCAACCAGGAAAUGCGCUGCCGACAAUUUGCAUUAGACUUGACACUUAGUUGCCGCAUGGUCUCAUAUUGAUUUAAACAUACGGCAGUAUUUCCGUUUCCGUUGCGCAAGAAGUUCAAUAAAUCAAUAUAUAUUUUUACUUAUUUGUUUGAAUUUGCCAAACGGUCACAAACCUUCCUCAAAGUAAUCGGGUUUUUCCAAAUCUGCGAAAGGCAAUCCCACAAACUGAAAUAAUGCAACUUUCAUAAAUCCUCGUUUUUGAUUUUAAGAUCUAAACGCACCCUUUAAGUAUCGCAAAAUAUAAAAAAGAAUUCAUUCCGAAAGUGCCUAUUUUGCACUCUAACUAAGUGAUUUUAGGGAUUUUGAUCCAUAAUGAGGUUGUUAGCCAUUUAAGCAGGACCAGUUGCAGUUAUGUUGUAGAUCCUAUGAACGUACACAGUCCAUGAGAAGAAGUACGUCACAUUUUGUUCUCCAAAAUAGACAAUGUUGCUUCUGUACCACUGAAGGGACGUUAUCGUAGAUCAAGCAAUAAUACUCUUAUUGCCCCCAUUUUGGAAACCUGAUUGCUUAGCUACAUAUAUAUUCGCCCGUUAACUUUUCAAUACUUAAAAUCAGUAAUAACAGUCUCGGAACGCUUACCUGACAUUCCAAACAAUCUAGGGCAAAUGAUGUUUUUGGUUUAUUUUUGAACAAGUCUCGGAGACGGAAUCAUUUGAUUGAAUUAAUUUGACUUACAUGGGAUCGCGUAUUUUCUUCACAAGUUCCAAGGGGGUUGAGGCUCCCAAAUUUCAUAAACACAUUAUUAAGCAUUUAUGUGCAGUCAUUAAAUUUAACUGAACUACACAAGUGAAUUAAAAACCGAAGGCUGAGAAGUGUAUUAAAUUUUUUCAGGAUUUGUGAAAUUUGGUGCUUUUUGACGGUACUCGACUUAAAACGUGUGUGCCAUUUACGUCGAUUUGAGUGCCUUGGGGAAAGUACUCCCAUAUUUGUGGGCUUCUACAUUUACUAAUACACGCAUAUUUCCUUUCCAUUUUCACAAUAAGACAAUUCUCUAUCCCAAAAGGUGCGUUAUUGGAUCGGUGCUUUAAGUGUUCCGCUUGGGAUUAUUGCAAUGGCCGCCGUGAACAGAAUCUUCUUUUGGACCUACGACAUUGCCAGGUUGCAUAUUACCCCUGCAAAUCACCUCAAUUACUCCUCCUGGUUUAACAUACCGGACCUUGCCCAGAUGACCAACUACGGCACAUUCUCAGCUACUCACGUUCAGGGACGCGCCGUCAUUUUCGGCUUCAUUCUUGGAAUUUUUAUUUUUGUCGAGAUAGCACUAAACAGGUAUGUUUUUGUACGCCUAGACAGAGGUUACCGUGUAAUGUAUUUGGCAGGGCAACGGCCAGCAUUUGAAUAAACAGGACACUAUUUCAGGAAUGCAAUUAAUUUGACUAACGUAAAUGAAUAUAUUCAGUUAGGGAUAUAGGCGCUAACGGUAAGAACCACCGAAUGUUCAAGAGAAAUAGCUCCCAAAAAAUAAGAACGGUAUGCACUCAAAUGUACAUCGUGGAAGGCAGACAUCCCAAGUAAUAUAAGUUAGGGCCACCCUCGAUAUUGAGCACACAUUCACACAGAGCAAAACUAGCAGCAUCAAAGUUUGCCUGUCCAACAAAAAGGCUGGGAGUUUCUUGAAGCCAUGCACUCAUAUGAAUCACGCCUCAAUGGGCACAUUGAGUUGGAUGCUGUGUACGAAAGUUCAUGGCAAAAUGUAAAAGACAAGGAUCAAUCAAUAAAAAUGACGCACACGACAGUCGCCUACUGGCACAAACACCGAAGGAGUAUGGAUUUUUCUGCACGCUUGUUGUUGCGCAUUUACUCAGGUCUGACGAAAACCUAGGGAACUAGCGUGGAAUAUUUACCCCAAAAUUUUUUUUAUUUUAACGAACGUACCCGACUUGAUCUAUAUGUAUAUGUCGAAAGAAAUAAGUUCUUUGGGAAAGAUAAACAAGUUUAAUUGUGAAUUUUUGAACCUGGUUCCCCAAAUCGUCCUCAGAUGUGAAGUAAGUAUGCAAAACAGUCUCGGAACGCCUACCUGGCAUUCCAAACCAUCUAGGGCAAAAUGAUAUUUUUGUUUUUUUGAACAAAUAUCGGUGACGGAAUCAUUUAACUGAAUUUAACUGACUUACAGGAGAUCGGGCAUUUUCGUCAUAAGUUCGAAGAGGCUUGGGGUUCACACAUUUCAUAAACACAUUAUUAGGUAUUCAUGAGCAGUCUAUAAUAUCAACAGAAAAUCUUACAGACGAUGAACGCUUCACAAUCCGGAAUCGCACUGUAACUGCCUUAAUGAGCCGAAACGCCUUUCUAGUACUUUCACACCAGGAAAAAAAGACACUAAAGCAACACAAAGUGAAAAAUCAUUGUCAUAUUUCCUGCGGACAAAAGAGGAUCAACCACGAUUUUAUACAGAGCAGACAAUACCAAAAAGAUGUUGUCAUGAAUAUAGGAUAGAGCAACAUACAAAUCUCUUACCACGGGCCCUACUAAAGCGCAGUCUAUCGCAUUGAAAAAGUCCCAAGAAAUCUUCCAAGAAAAAAAAAAACAAAUAUCAAAAGAUAUUGCCAAAUACUUACGACUAAAUGAACCAGCCAUUCCUAAAAUCUAUGGACUACCUAAGGCUCACAAAACUGAAGUACCACUGCGACCGGUAGUAUCGUUAAUAGGUAUACCUUAUUAGAAGAUUUCUAAAUGUCUCUUCCACAAACUCUGUCCGUCAAGAAAGGACUGUGAAACAUCAAUCAAUAAUUCAGCAGAGUUUCUGGACAAACUACAGGGACUGAGAAUCGCAGCAGAUGAAAUAAUGGUAUUUUUUGGUGUCGUUUGUCUGUUUACAUAAGUACCACUGGAUUUAGCAAGAAAAUUUACAGAGGAGAGUCUCCAGUACUAUGACAUGGAUAUUCCUGCGUUUGCUUUGCAAUAACUCUUAGACCUUUGUCUAGAGACAAACUUUUCACUUGCACAGGAAUACUACCAACAUCUGAAGGGAGCCCCUAUCGGAUCACCCAUAUCUGGUUUUAUCGCAGAAAUCACGAUGUAGAAAUAAGAGGCUAUCACCUUGCUACUAGUUAACCCCAAACUAUGGGUAAGAUAUGUAAUUGACACGUUUGUCAUUGUUAAAACUGAUCAAUUAGAAAUACUCCACAAUAUUAUUAACUCAACACUUCCAGGAAUCACAUGCACACUCGAGAAAGAGGCUGACAACAAACUCCCGUUUCUUGAUGUCCUCGUACAGAGAAAACCAGACGGGACAUUUCACACUUCGGUUUACCGCAAGGAAACCUACGCGGAAACUCUUCUACACUACGAGGAAAAUCAUCCCAUCUCUCACAAACGGAGUUUCGAAAACAGCCUUCUUAACUGAGCAAGAAAACACUCCUCUGACAAAGAAACCCAUUAAACAGAACUGAAUCAAUUGUUCAAACUGUUUUCCCAUAAUAGGUAUCCUAGAUAUUUUGUACACUGGUGCAUGAGACGACAGGAGUUUAAAAGAAAAGACAAAGAACUAGAUUGUUCCGAUCAGGCGUCCAAAUCGAAAAACUGCCGAACACUGCCAUACAGUACGAAUGUGCCCGAACUAGUUGAAAGACACCUGAAGAGGCAUCAAAUACAUGUGGCGUACAAGCCGACGGCUACACUUCUUAAGCAGCUUGUAAACCCUAAGGAAAGGGUUGGCUAUUGAGAUAAGAAGGAAGUCGUCUCUAAGAUACCAUGCAACGACUAAUGCGGUAUACUGCGGCAAAACUAAUAAAUCGGCUCCUACAGGAAUACGCGAACAGCAGUUGGCCGUAAAGAGACGAGAAUACUUGUCCCAAAUUGCCAUGCAUACGCUAGAAACUAGAGAAGAUGUCGCCUGGACCGGGACUCGCAUUGUAGGUGUCUGCUCAUCUAAGAAGUGCCGUAAAUUUUUAGAGACCAUCUGCACUGAUAACGCAUGCAUCUACCGACACGUAUAAUUGGAUGCUGUGUAUAACAGCCUCAAGGAGAAGUGUAAAAUGCAUUGGCCAAUCUGGACAUUACGCCAUCAAGAGUGACAGGGCAAAAUCGAUUUUUAGGCAUGUUUAAAUGUUAGCUGUUUUGCACAUUUACCUUACGUCUGGGGACGACAAGGGGAACCGAAUUCGAAAAUUUGCAAUUAAACUAACUUAUAUUUCUCAAAGAAUUUAUUUCUGUCGAACUAUCAUUCUUGGGACGUCUGUUUUAAAAUUUAUAUUACAUAGGCCGCUCGCUAAGAGCGCAACAGCUGCCAAUAUUAUAUGUGGUAUGUGUCCUAUGACACAGCGUUCUUUGUCGCCAGUAGCAAGCUGGCGGACGGACAGAAUGGAACCAAGUGAGAUCCUAACCACAGCAGUGAGAAUCCAACGCUCACUUGACAUACAUAUAUAUAUAUAUAUAUAUAUUUGAAAUCAAGUACGUUCUUUGGGAAAGAGAGAAAACUUUAUUGAGUAAAUUUUCGACGUCGGUUCCCCGUGUCGUCUUCAGACUAGUGUAAAUGUGCAAAAAACAAAUAACAUUUCAAACGUGCUACAAAAUCAAUACUUAUUUGGUGCCUCAGCUAGUAACCUGCCGUCGUAUGUGUUAGUCCGCAUUGAUCAGCUUUCGUCUCUUCCACUUUUCUCUGAGAUUUUCGUACGUGGCAUCUAACUCGAUAUGCCUGUUGAUGCAUGACUCAUCGGAGUGCAUGGCUUCAAGAAACUCUCGGCCUUUUUUAGAUGGGCAAACUCCGACGAUGCGAGUUUUGUCCCAUGCGAAAGUGUGCCCAGUAUCAAGAGUGUGCAUGGCCAUUUGAGAGAAGUGGUCUCGCCUCUUAACUGCAAGUUAAUGUUCGUGGAUGCGUGUAGAGGCAAAUUUUCCCGUUUGGCCACAAUAUACGGCAUCACAGCCAUCGCAUGGGAUCUUAUAAACGGCUUCUUUUCUAUUGAGAUAGCCAACCCUAUCUUUAGGGUGUACAAGCCGUGUCUGACGACGACACGGGGAACCGACGUCGAAAAAUUUACUCAAUAAAGUUUUCUCUCUUUCCCAAAGAACGUAUUUGAUUUCAAAUUAUAUUUCUUGGGAUGCCUGCGUUCCAAUAUAUAUAUAUGAAUAUUUUGGAUAGAGAUAACGACAAAGAUACGGAGGUCAUUUGGAGCCUUUUGGACUUGGUCGCAGUCAUUGGUACAGUGUGUCCAACCACAGAAUAAAUCCAACGAUUAAUACUCCGGGUUUUUAAACGUUCUACGUUAAGAGGCUAAACAUUCUAACAAUGAGCCUGGGGCUUGUAGCCCUCUUGGCUGUGAUUGGAAUUAUUAACUAUGGUGCGGGGGACUCAUCGACCGAGUUAUAGGAUGAACACGUUGCCGAGCGUUUUCCGUGUGCUCUCUGGUAAAUACAUAUGCUUUUACUGUUAGGCGCUCUAAUACGCAUAUAUAAGAUAUUCACUUUGACACAACUGUGAACAACUCGGUGCCUCAGUGGGAUUCGAACCCAUGACAGUAGGGGAAUGCUUUAGUACCGCCAAAGCUCUAACCAUCAACGUGACUUAUUUAAAGUCUGUUAAACCGUCCAUGAAUUACAUAAGCCUAACAGUCAUCUAGUGAAUUCAAGGUGAAUUGCUUCGUCCAUCCUACUUGGGCAGUCAGCUAACUGUAUCAGAUUUGGUGGAUUUUAAACGUUGCAGUAGGUUGGACUGGUAAACGUAACCGAAAUGGGAUUAAACUCGCGUCGUCCGGUGGGGCCUCGUAGCUCACAAAGUUAGAACGUUGGCUGCACCAAGGUCUUCUCCUUACUGUCGUGAGUCCUAAUCCCACCAAAGCAUCAGGUUUUUUACAGUUGGUUCAAAAUGAAUUAUUUAAAAUUUGUCAAAACACCUCCAAUGUAUAUAGGAUAUCUUGUUUGGCUUUUCCUGGAGUCAUUUGUCGUUGAGCAAUUCUCAUGUUUCUCCGCUCAGAAAAUAAAAUACUCAAAGCAAUGCAAAUUCAGGUGCUGCUCAUGUAAUAAAUUAUGUUAGUGGGCCAUACAACUACUGCAAAUAUGCUGACCAAAUGCCCAUACAUGCGCUAAAUAAUGUGCACUCGUACAUCAUGCGAAUAGUCUAAGUCCCUUUUCUACCUAAACAGUCCUUAUCAGUCUGAUUGUGCAUAAAACUAGACAUUUCAACAUUUCUAGCAUUGUGCCCCUUCGCGGACUGUCAAAGAAACCAAGUCCCAUCGUCGUGGACCAUGUACUGUCUACUAUUAUUUUUCCCCUACUGGCCCUUUUCCUUGGACUGCCAAUUAUGUCCGGCGUACCAAUACGGACGAUUGCAAACAUGGUUGCUCUGGCCAAAGUGGAUCCUCACCCUGCUCCAGGAAAACCGCCAAAGUUAGCAAAAGACCAUGUAUCGUUUUGGAAAUACUUUUACAUGGAUAUUUCAAAAAGAAGUCUAUUUAAUUUCACCAUUAUUUGACAAUUAUGUUGAAGGAGAAUUGUAAAAAAGCAGUAUUACCACAAUAACAGACCAAAUUCAACCUCAACAAUGAAAUCGUUGGUGACAAGAAACGUUUCAAAUGAAUCAAAAAUAAAUAUAGCAUAUUUUUUGUAACUGUAAUAAAGAUUUGCAAACCGUGGAUGUAAUAUUCCAAGAAAUAUCAGAAUUAUGCGGCACGAUGAUUAAUAUUGAAAUCUACUUGCGUAAUCUUUUUGAAUUGAAAAUACACUUCAGAAUCUCGACAAACAUUUCAUUAGAUGCCAUAUAUCAUAUAUGUGUAGUUACAGUAUCGGUAGAAAAUAUAAAAUUUAAUAGUAUAAAAUAAACCUGCAUUGAAAUAAAUAAGUUGGUGCUUACUUAUGUCAUUUAGAGUAGGCAGUUAUUUGUAGGUAAAAGUCAGCAUUGAUAGAUAAAGUCCAAAUGAAAUUUAUUGUGCCAGAUUGAUGGUACAAUUCCAAAAUAGUUGGCUCUGAUAUGGAAAACUUUAAUGUGUUUAAGGACAACAAGCCUCACCAGUAAAAGGAAAAUAUUUUUCAAAGUCAUGGAUUUAUAAAGUUAAAUAAGUACCACAGGUGGACCGAUGCUACGCAGAAUGCCUGGCUAUUGGUCAAGUCUUCAAUUAUGUUUCCCACCAAAAACAUAACAAUACCCAUGGCCAAACGAAAACUAAACUUUUGUUAAAAUCUAUGUUUUAAUAACAUUAGUAGUUGGAUUCUGCUUAGUAAAUUAUAAGUUAAGCCAUGCGGAUUCACAAUUCUUGGGAAGAUGUUGAACGCUACAAGUAGAAGAACGUUGGACAGCUAGCGUUUGUUACGUGAAAACCUAAGUAGGCAGAACUAACUGAUGCGAUCCAAUUUUUGUUUUUAGGGUCCUUUAUCUCGUUGAAACGCGAGUAAACACCAUAAUUGUUGGCAUACUAGUUACCUUAUCCGUCUUCCUUGGUAACAUCCUUCAAUACAUUCCCGUGGCUGCCUUACUGGGUCUGUUCCUCUUUCUCGGGAUAUUCGGACUAAAAGGCCUUUAUUUCCGAAAAAUACUAACGGCUACUUUUAGCAGAAGGAAAUAUUGGUCUGAAUGGAACGUCCUCGACGGCAUGCCGCGGCGUCAACUCAUUGUCUUCACAGCGAUCUGGAAUGUGGAAUUACUGGUUCUAUGCGCUCUUCUGGUGCUUGGGGAGUAUGAAAAUCUUAUGCUGGCCGCAACCGCAAUACCUUUCUACCUGGUCUUCUGUGGCGUUUUUCGCAAUCAGAUGUUGCCUCGGUGGAAGUGGAUUGCACCUUACUUAGAAAAGGUAGUUAAUAUUUAUGACUUAACAUUCCUCAAGUACACAAUGUCAGUUUGAUCUUCUUUUAAUCGGAAAGGCGCCAUCAGCUUGACAAUCACAUGUACAACUGUGAAGAAGCAUGUGUUAAUUAGGCUGAUGCGCACCCUUAAUCUAAUUUUACCAAACACACUUAUUAGGCAUUUCAGGUUAUAGUUCUUCUGGCCUCAAAUCUAUGCAUAAUUGUCAUACCGCACAGAAAUUUUCAAAGUACCGAUUCGUCGGUUGACAGAUAUAAAAAAUGCUUUUAUAAACUCAAAGCAAUCCAGCAGACAGUUUGACAGUAUGUCAGUGUUUUUUAUGCAGUUAUCGGAAAUGUUAGCUGGCAACCAAGAGAAAGCUGCAUCCUAACAGGCCGGAGUAUACGUUUGUCUAGGUAACACGAAACUCUGGCAUGGUCCAAUGAAUUUGGGUAGCUUAUUUGCGUCAUUUUUAGGGAAUGACAUAUCCCCGAAAUAAGAUACUACUGUCUUAAUUGAGCCUUAAAAUUUGCUUUAUGUAGUGGCUGCAAAUUGGCGCGGUUUAAAGUACUAUUCAAACAGAACGCAAUUUCUGCUCACGGAAGAUCGCAAAAAAGUGUCUUUAACAUUUAAGGCUAGUUUAACGAACGCAUAAUUUCUGUUCAAAAAUAGGACGUUUGAAAAUGCAAAGGCGGUUUAUUUCAAAGAUGUAUGCUGAAGUUUCAAAUUCAUAAGUCUAACAAGGUGUUUUUUAGAUCGAUCCUCCUUGCGCACCAGAAACCAAAACCAAAUCAUCGUAG